AUGAGCGGCGAUGCGGGCCCGAACGACGAGCCUCCUGCGCUCCUGGACAAGAACGCGCUCGACUUGAUCAGCCAGGGCGCAGAGGCGCGCGUGUUCGCCACGACGCUCCUGGGCCGCCGCGCGAUCGUGAAGCAGCGAUUCAAGAAGAAGUACCGCCACCCGGACCUCGACGCCCGGCUCACGAAGCAGCGCCUCAUCUCCGAGGCGCGGUCGUGCGCGCGCGCGCGGAAGCUCGGCGUCCGGACGCCCGCGACGUACCUGAUCGACCAGACCUCGAACUGCAUAUGGAUGGAGCGCCUCCCGGGCCGCACGGUGUGCUCGGCGCUGCAGGCGGGGGCCGACGAGGGCGCCGACGGGCUUGCGGGCGGCGAGGCGACGCGGGUGAUGGAGGAGAUGGGCAGGGCGAUCGCGGCGCUGCACGACGGCGGGAUGGUCCACGGCGACCUCACGACCUCGAACGUCAUGCUCCUCGACCCCGCCGGGGGGGAGUCCGAGGCCGACACCCCCCGCAUCGCGCUGAUCGACUUCGGCCUCGCGUACAACUCCCAGGUGCCUGAGGACCGCGCCGUGGAUCUGUACGUGCUCGAGCGCGCGAUGACGAGCGCGCACGGCGGCGGCGGGCGUGCGCUGUUCGACGCGAUCAUCGGCGCCUACCAGAAGGCGUCGAAACACGCGUCCGCGACGCUGCACCGGUACGCGGAGGUGCGCAUGCGUGGGCGCAAGCGGUCGAUGGUCGGGUGA